CAUCGCCACUGUGGACCAGACUUCUGUCGGUAACAUUACUCUCUUCCUUCAUCAGACCCCGCGAGCUUCCGCAGUUAUUGUCGCAAUUCUCCAAAUGGAUCUGAUAAUAUUAACGGUUGUGUUUUGCCUUCAUGACGUCAUUGUGAAUUGCAACCCGGGGCCGUUAGUGGAUGUUGUUGUGGACCGGUACGAGAUCCCGAAAGUGUGUCCCCGAGAGGUGCAAACAGAAGAUUUUAUCCGUUAUCAUUUUAACGGUACCUUCUAUGCAGAUGGGAAAAAGUUUGACUCCAGUCAUGACAGAGGCAAAGCCUUCAUCAGCCAGGUCGGCCUGGGCAGACUCAUCACAGGGAUGGACCGCGGUCUUCAGGGCAUGUGUGUCAAUGAACAAAGGAGGAUCACAAUCCCCCCACACCUGGCCUAUGGGAGCAUCGGAACAGGUGGUGUGGUCCCUCCUGACGCUGUGUUGGUGUAUGAUGUGCUCCUGCUGGACAUAUGGAACGCUGAGGACAAGGUCCAGAUCCGCACACUCGGCAAACCUGCCAGCUGCCACCGCACCACCGUGGCAUCAGAUUUCCUCCGCUACCGCUAUAAUGGCACCCUGCUGUCCGGGGCAGCUUUCGACUCCAGUUACUCGAGGAAUGCGACCUAUGACACCUACUUGGGACAGGGCGACCUCAUCAAAGGCAUGGACGAGGGUCUUUUGGGCAUGUGCGUCGGGGAGAGAAGGAUCGUCAUCAUCCCGCCCUUCCUGGCGUAUGGAGAGACUGGCCACGGAACUCAGGUUCCUCCUCAGGCUACGCUGGUGUUUGAAGUGCUGCUGGUUGACGUCUUCAACCCGAAGGAUGAUCUGAUUGUAGAGGUGAAGGAGGCGCCUGAAGGCUGCACCCGCAGGACGCUGACUGGAGAUUACAUCCGCUACCACUACAACGGUAGCUUCCAGGACGGCACGGCCUUCGACUCGAGCUACGAGCGAAACAGCACCUAUAACACUUACAUCGGCAUGGGGUACGUGAUCCGAGGGAUGGACAAAGCCCUGCACGGGCUGUGCAUGGGAGAGAAGAGAAGGAUCACCAUCCCUCCUCACAUGGCGUAUGGCGAAGGGGGAGUUGGAGACCUCAUCCCUGCCUCAGCUGUGCUGGUCUUUGACAUUCAUGUCAUUGACUUCCACAACCCCAAAGACCCGGUCGAUAUUAAAGUUACCCACAUGCCUCGGGAUUGCAAAGCGACCACUGAAGCGGACGAUUUGAUUCAGUAUCGUUACAAUUGCUCCUUGAUGGACGGCACCCUGCUGUACUCCUCGGACCAGUUCGACGCACCUUCCAUCACGAAUCUCGGAGCGGACAAGGUGAUCCCCGGUCUUGAGCGAGGUUUGGGUGGCAUGUGUGUGGGCGAGAGGAGGGAGGUGGUCGUUCCACCACACUGGGGCCAUGGUGAAAAUGGAGCUGGAGAAGUUCCCAGGAGUGCAGUGCUCUUCUUUGAGCUGGAGCUGGUGGAGCUGAAGAAGGGUGUGCCUGAAGGCUACAUGUUCGUGUGGCUGGGAGACGGCCCAGAUCCCCUCUUUCCCGCUAUGGACCUCAAUGGUGACAAAGAGGUUCCUCUAGAGGAGUUUUCGGCCUUCAUCAUGCUACAAGUUGAAGAGGGCAAAGGUCGUCUUCGGCCAGGGGUUGAUGCCGAUGGCAUCAUUAAGGACAUGUUCAAUAACCAGGACCGCAAUAAAGAUGGGAAGAUUGUAGAAGGUGAACUGGAUGACGAGCCUGAGCAAGCGAGACGAGACGAGCUGUAAAGGGGACGCGAGCGAUAUUUAAUUGGUGGUAAGGAGCCGGCGUGCAGUGUUUCAAUCCCAGUCUUUACUGGGAUUGAAACACUGUUGAGCCUUUUAUUUAAAGGCAGUCGAGCAGUCUGCUUUGCUAGAUUCUGUUAAAAUAUGUUGUGCAAAGGAAACGAGUGUUUGAAAAAUGUGAAAGGAAGAACGAUGGUCUGUAGUGAAAUUGCGUCAUGUUGAAAAAAAGACAGAAAGAUUCACAUUGAACUACCCACGCACGCAUUUGGGCUGGGCCCUUCUUCCAAAAUAUGACUUUAUAAAAUGAGUAGUCGAUGCAGUGCCUCAUAUAAAAAUGUUGAGAAAAAACAUGGGUUGUACAGUGUAUGAGUGGUAAGUUUGUACAAUUAUAUAAUAAGUGUUGUAAAACAUAAAAUAAACUUUUAUAGAAAAAUGAUGACAACACCUGCUUUAUUUCUUCCACACUAUCAAU